AUGAUUGAUAUCUAUCUAUCUAUCUAUCUAUCUAUCUAUCUAUCUCAGUCUGUUUAUAUCUAUCUAUCUACUAUCUAUCUAUCGAUCGAUCUAUCUCAGUCUAUUCAUAUCUAUCUAUCUAUCUAUCUAUCUAUCUAUCUAUCUAUCUAUCUAUCUAUCUAUCUAUCUAUCUAUCUAUCUCUGUUCAUAUCUAUCAAUCUAUCUCAGUCUGUUCAUAUCUAUCUAUCUAUCUAUCUAUCUAUCUAUCUAUCUAUCUAUCUCUGUUCAUAUCUAUCAAUCUAUCUCAGUCUGUUCAUAUCUAUCUAUCUAUCUAUCUAUCUAUCUAUCUCAGUCUGUUUAUAUCUAUAUACUAUCUAUCGAUCGAUCGAUCUAUCUCAGUCUAUUCAUAUCUAUCUAUCUAUCUAUCUAUCUAUCUAUCUAUCUAUCUAUGUUGUGUGCAUUUGUGUACGUACAUAUGUAAGUAUGUAUCUCAUUCUGUUCGUAUGUAUGUAA